ACUUUUUACUAUUGUUACCAAUAUUGUUGACGUGUUUUGAACUACAAACGCAUUAGAAAAUAUUUUUAAAUUUAAAUACAAGUAAAAUAAAUAUUUGUUAGUUGACAAAUUUUGUUUAUAAAAGAACUGUUUCAAAAAACUGCUUAAAAAACUGUUUAAGAAAACUGUUUAAAAAAAACUGUUUUAAUUAUAAAAAUAAUAAUAAUAAAAAACUUAAUAAUUUAAUAAUGCAGGAGAAAGAUGACAGUGCUUGGGUUUUUGAUUCCUUAAUUGGCUUUUUACAAGGACCAAUUUGGUCUGCACCGCUUAUGACAUUUAUAGAAGAAAAUUCUCUGAUUUUCGAACCUGACACUGAGGAUUGCAAGGAAUAUCGAGAAGUUUAUCAGGAGUAUAAAAAUUUAGUCGAUCUACUCCUUGGAUGUUACAUGGAGGACAUGGGAAUAACUUCUGAACAAUUUGAAAUGGCUUGUGCUGUUAACAGUAAUACGAGGAUUCCGAUUCAAUUUCAACAAGCUAUUUUGCAGAGUUUAUUCGAACAAAUCUGGGCGGCCAACGAAUUUGAAAUAUUUAAGCGAAUGAUGAUUCAAAAGAAUUUGGAACUUCAACUGCAAGCACUGAAUAUGAUCGAACAAAAAUAUGGCCUGACACCUGCGUCGUUAACCUGUGGCAAUGACAAUUUUCCCGACGAUGAAAUCGUUAUGGAGCAAAUUCUCAAUCGACGGGAUAAUAAAGAAGAAAUACAGGAAAAUUCAGUGGCUUCCGAAGAGGAGGUUCCAUUGAAGGAGGAACGAGAACGUUUAGCUCAGGAAUAUCAGAAUGAACGCAUUCGAAUGGCAGAGGCUAUUAAAACAUCGGGAAAUUCUCCAUUAAACACAAGUCUUGAUAAAGAGAGAAAAUUCUUGGAAACUUUGCCUGAAACUUCUGUUGACGAGGCGGAUAUUCCCGAGGAGCAAUCUUCAGUUUCUUCAAAAUCAGAAGAAUCACUUGAAGCCAAAGAAAAUACUGUGAGAGACGAGGACAUAAAAAAGCGGCAGAAAUACCUAAAAGCCCAACGAGAUAAAUUGGUGAUCCUGAAAAAGAAGGCUCGAAGUGAAAGACUGGAGAAAAACGCAACUCGUCCAAGUUCUGCUCGAGUUGUCGCCGAAGCUGCAAUGAAAGGAGGAAGUGACCUGGAUCUUCCACAAUCAUCAGAGUCAUCAAUACUCCAACUAAGAAAAGCACUUGCUGCUCGACUCAAAGCCGAAGUCGUCAAUAAAUAAAUUUCAACAAACUAGAAAAGAAAAAUAAUAUAAUAUAAAAAAAUAAAAAAAUGUGUUAAGAAAAAUUCUUGAAAAAUUUGCUAACAAAUUUUCCAAUUAAUACACAG